AUGCUGUCGUCUUGGCUGAACCUCUUGCUCGUCUUCGUCCCCGUCGGCGUUUGGUUAUUCCUAUCUCAAGUCAGCCCCAUACUGAUAUUUGUGUUCAACGGGAUCGCCAUCAUACCGUUGUCGUCACUCCUCACUGGGGCUACCGAGAAGAUUGCCAGCGAUGUCGGAGACACCGUCGGAGCUCUCCUAAAUAUCAGUUUGGGGAACCUUGUCGAGCUGAUCUUGUUUGUUGCACUCAAACACAACCAUAUCCAUAUCGUUCAGGCGUCUAUCCUUGGUUCCAUGCUAGUCAACCUCCUGCUGAUUCUCGGCACCGCUCUCUGCGUGAAUGGGCUAUGGCAUGAUGACCCUGUUCUCAACACCAUUGAGACGCAGCUCUUGAGCUGUCUUUUGUUUGUUUCGACGGCCUUCGACUAUACUGCCAGUCAGGCUGGUGACGGCGACGACGCCGUUUUGACUAUGGGUAGAUUGUCUGCUCUGAUGGUGUUCUUUAUCUACAUCAUGUACUUGAUGUAUGAGAUUAGAGCGCAUUCCAUCGCAGGGUCGUACCAAGCAGCCCCGACGAAUUCGUUCGACCUCGAAAGUCUGCCUGAAACGCCGACGAUUUCUCGAGAGCAUACAUGUACCGGCACCCAUUUGGAUGAAGAAGCCAUUCUCUCUUCUCGUACCAUUCGCUUCGCAGAUGGCGGGAGGCGAGAUCGAGAUAGUGAAGUCAAUGAUGGUGAUAAUGGCCGACCAAAGCUGGGCGAUGAUCAGGUUUCUGUCUCCGAGUCUGAGGAUGAUGAGGAAGAGGACGAGUUUCGAGGCCGCAACGCUGGGAAGCAGCUCCAAUUCGAUCGCAGAGUCGGCUGUCAAGAUCCCUCGACAAGGCCUCGCAGGCAGUCUAUCGAAAAUAACAAUCGCGCUGUACGCAGAAGCCUCAGCCGAGAUGUAUCGGCCGCCAGCGCGGAACAUCGGAGACUUGUAGGGUCCAGUCUACCAAGCCUGCACAUCUUACGCAGACGUCGGAACAGCACAGACAGCGCCCACGCCCGGGAAUCGCACCGCGAGAAGUCACUAGUAGAGAGGCUCGUACCUAUAUUCGUCCUGAUUAUCAGCUCCGGCUUGAUGUCGAUGUGCGCCGAGUUUCUCGUCAGCGCAAUCGACGAAGUGACGCACGAGGGCCACCUAUCCGAGUCCGUCAUCGGUCUCAUCAUACUCCCGGUCAUCGGCAACGUUGCCGAGUAUGUCACAGUGGUUACGGUGGCUGCCAGGGGUAAGCUAGAUCUGGCUAUCGCGGUAGCAGUCGGUUCCUCGAUACAAAUCGCCCUCUGCGUCGCGCCGCUGACUGUCAUUGCUGGAUGGAUUCUGUCCCGGGACCUGGCUCUCAACUUCAGCCUCUUCGAGAUGGCCGCGCUUAUGGGAACGGCUCUGUUGGUCAACUUGUUGAUCCUGAGCGACGGAAAUGGCGUUUUGCGGACGAGUGGGCUGAAAGGUGGUCUGAUGUGUGUUUGCUACAUGAUCAUUGGGGUCGGUGCCUACUUGGCACCACAGAUGGAAGUCUAG